AUGGGAGGCCGCCAACCAGGUACAAUUAUCACUGAUCAAGUUUUAGCGAUAACGGCUGCAGUCAAGACAGCUUUCCCGAAUAUUAAUCAUCAUUAUUGUAAGUGGCACAUCAUAGGAAAGUUUAAAACACAUCUAAGCCAUGUUGAGCGUGUGCACCCAUUAUUCUUAGAGGUAUUCAAGGAGUGUGUUGCAGCCUACACAGUUGAACAGUUUGAGGAUGAUUGGUUGGCCAUGAUUCAGAAAUAUGAUAUUCAAGAGGAAAGUUGGUUCAAGUGGUUAUAUGGUUGUCGCACUCAACGGGUUGAUGCAUACAUAACUGAUAGGUUCACAGCAGACAUGAAAACCACACAACGAAGUGAAGGGUUUAAUCGUCAUUUAAAGAUGUACGUCACUUCUGGUAUAGGUUUACAAAAAUUCAUGAAUGCUAUUGAAAGUUGCAAAACAAGAAGUUCAUCAAAGAAAAAGAGAGACUGUAAAGAUCUUACAUCUACACCUGUUUUAAAGACAGCCUUCCUUAUCGAGGAGUAUGCGGCAAAGACAUGCACUCAAAAAAUAUUUAGAAAGUUCAAGAGGAGGUGGUAA